AUGCGGCGCAACUCGGCCUCGGAAGGUCUCCUUCGCAAACAAAAGCUCAAUGCCCAUACUUGCGGCGUGCUUGCAGUAUUGGGCUUUGGCUCCUUGACAUAUGGCUAUACAGCGAGUAUCAUUGGAACUACGUUGGGUCAACCAUCCUUCAUUGAAUACUUCGAUCUCGCCACCCGGUCCAAUGGCACCGACUUGAUCUCCACCAUGAAUGGACUCUUUCAGACUGGAGGCGUGAUUGGAACAUUAUUACUCCCCAACAUUGCUGACAGAUGGGGUCGCAAAUGGGCCUGCGCUGUGUCUGCCAUUCUUGCCAUUGUGUCCGGUGCCAUCAUGGCAGGGAGCGUGAACGUCGGCAUGUUCAUCGCGUUUCGCUUUGUGGCUGGCGCAUCUGCCUUCAUGAUCCUCGCGGCCGUGCCCAUUCUGAUGAACGAGAUUGUGCCGGUCCACAUGCGCGGUGCCCUUGUGGACGUGCAUGCAGUCAUGCUCGUGCUCGGCUACACUAUUCAAGGCUGGGUUGGCUUCGGUUUCUACUUCUGGCAGGGCAGCUCGAAUACCUGGAGACCGCCCAUCGCCAUCCAGUGCUUCUGGCCAUUGUGCCUGUUGGUCGGUCUCGUCUUUGUCCCGGAGUCGCCCCGAUGGUUGGUGAUGCAAGGACGCGACGCCGAAGCUGAGGCGGUCCUGAUGAAGUUCCACGCCGAUCCCAGCGAUCCCGAGAACACAGCCGCGAAAGCCGAGUUCUUCCAGAUUCAAAAGCAGCUGGCGAUCGACAAAACUCUGGGCAACUCGUGGAUGCACAUCCUCAAGAAGCCGUCGUACCGCAAACGUGCGCUUCUGGCCAUCGGGAUCACCGGCAUCAUCCAGUGCUCUGGUGUCCUGGUCAUUAACAACUAUGGACCUUCUCUCUAUAAAUCGCUCAACUUCUCGCAGGUCAAACAGCUCCUCUACCCGGCUGCCUGGUUGACGUUUGCCCUGGGCCUGAACGCCAUGGGUAUGCUGCUGGUCGACCGCUUCCCACGAAACAAGUUUAUCUCCUUUGGUGUUCUGGGCUGCAUGGCCAGUCUGAUCGUGGAGGCAGCACUGGUCGCCAACUUUGUGCCCUCCGACAACACGUCGGCGCUGUCCGCGGCUGUGGCCAUGUUCUUCAUCUUCCAGAUUUUCUACGGGUUGUGCCUUGACGGGACGCAGUUUUCGUAUCUCGGCGAAAUCUUUCCGACGCACUUACGAGCCAAGGGCGUCUGUCUGGGUGUCGCCAUGAUCUCGUUGAUGAACAUCAUCUGGCUGCAAAGCGCCCCUACCGCCUUCGAGACGAUUGGCUGGAAAUUCUACCUCUGCUUCAUCAUCCCGGGCACACUGGGCGCAAUCGCAAUGUGGAUCUGGUUCCCCGACACGAACGGCCUGCCGCUGGAAGAAGUCGCCGCCAUCUUUGGCGACGAGGACGAGGUGGCCAUCUACCAACGGGACCUCGAGGUUGACUUUACAACACACACGGUGGUGGACCACCAUGCAAAGGAAGCCGUGAAGGGCACGGAGGCCACGCACGUCGAAGCUGAUUCGCCCUCUGGCAGCGAGAAAGCCGAGGCCUAA